ACACCGCUGGGGUUCCGUUGUUGUGAACGGAUUCCAUAGAGACGGGCAAAUGCCAACCACAAACUGGUAAUCAACAAGCUAGCUAUUCAGCUAGGUAGCUCUCCAAUUUCCAACGUUUCUGGGGUGUUUUUUGAUGAGAUAUCUUGUCUGGGGAAGCAAAGACGCGGCACAGUAAUUACGUUAGCACUACUACUGUACUACAAUACAAAAUACGAUGUCCUUCAGAGACUUGCGAAAUUUUACAGAAAUGAUGCGAGCCCUGGGCUAUCCUCGUUUAAUAUCCAUGGAGAAUUUUAGGACGCCCAACUUUUCUCUGGUGGCAGAAAUUCUAAUAUGGCUGGUGAAAAGAUACGAACCCCAAAUGGACAUUCCAAGUGAUGUGGACACAGAAUCUGACAGAGUUUUCUUCAUCAAAGCAGUGGCUCAAUUCAUGGCCACUAAAGCUCACAUCAAAGUGAACACCAAGCGCCUGUACCAGGCUGAUGGCUAUGCGGUGAAAGAGAUGCUAAAGAUCACCUCAGUGCUGUACAGUGCCAUGGUCACCAAGGAGAUGGUCACCAAGGAGAUGGCUUCCGGGGACAAAGUAGCAGAGGACAACAGCAAAUUCAAGUUCGACCUGGCCUCAAGGAUUGCAGAGCUGAAAGCAGCUAGACAACUAGCAUCGGAGAUCACAUCCAAGGGAGCAUCUCUGUUUGACUUGUUGGGAAAGGAAGUUGACCUGAGGGAAAUGAGAACUGCUGCUAUCGCCAGACCACUGGAGAUUAAUGAGACUGAAAAGGCCCUGAGAGCAGCCAUUAAGGAGGUUUUGGAGAAUGUUGAGAAGACCAAAGACAUGCUGAACAACGUCUCCUCAGAUGAGACCAGUCUGGAGGCCAAGAUGGAGAAGAGGAAACAGGAGCUGGAGAGGAACCAGAAGAGGCUCCAGACGCUACAGAGUGUGCGACCGGCUUUCAUGGACGAGUACGAGAAGAUCGAGGAGGAUCUGCAGAAGCAGUACGAGACGUACGUGGAGAAGUUCCGUAACCUGAGGUUCCUGGAACAGCAGCUGGAGGACCACCACAGACUGGAGCAGGAGAGGUUUGAGGAGACAGAAAACACCUUGAGAAUGAUGCAGCACAAAUUGCGAGAGGAGGAGAGGAGACUGAUGAAGAAUGGGGCCAAAGACGAGGACUCGGACAUGGACAUCCCAGAGGACGAGGGCUCUGACAGUGACAUGGAGGACCGCAGACCUCCUAAGCCACGGCCGACCCGUAACGUGCCCGUAACGGGAAGAAGUGGAACCCAAAUCAUCGGCAACAUGCAGGGAGGAGACAGCGAUGAGGUCAGUAAAGUGAUGGAGGACAGUGAGAUCGAUGUAGAUGAGGACGACGAGGAAGGCGACGAGGAGGACGAGGCAGAUGAUCUGGAGGAAGAUAAGGACAGUCUGGAAGCUGCUGCUUCCAAGCCAAUGCGGCCCCCCAGAGGAUCUCUGAGACCCCAGCUCCUGGAGGAAAGUGACAACGACUUCUGAGCCUAAUGUGCAUAAACAAAAAUAUAUAUUUAUACUGUGUAUAUAUAUAUAUAUAUAUAUAUACAUAUGUACAUUUAUAUAUGUACUACUGUAUUUGUGUGUGUCUAUGGCUUUUUUCAAGUUCAUUUCAGCCUUCAGUCAAGGACUUAAGCAAUCACUUCUGCACUGUACAAAAAGGUAUCUGUUUUGGGAAAUUAUUCUUUGAGGAAAUAUCCAUGGUUUAUUAUCACAAUACAUUAUGAUAAAUUGUUACUUAUUUUUUUUACCUUGAUAAAAUGUUAUAUUGCAGGUAAUGUUAUCACAUAUGCAGUUGAUUAUUAAAAUACAUACACAAAACACAUUCUGUUGCUAGGCAGAAAGGGUAGAGUGGCACUAGGUUUCAUGGACAUCAUUUCCUCUAUAUCCAUUUAACAGACGCAGGUUUGUACAGUGAUAAUGAAAUGUAUUAAAAUAAAUAUUGUGUACAUAAAUAUAAUUUCAUUUUCUGGG